CUGUAGUCCCGCGGGGCGGCGGUUGCCGGGCGGGCGGGCGGGAUGCGGCGGAGGGGAGGUGCGGGAGCCACGGGCGGCGGAGCGGGGCCGGCGGGAGGCGGCGGGGCCGGCACCGCGCGGCCGUGGGGCGGGAGGCGGAGAUGCACGGCCCGCUGACGCCGCCUGUCCCCGCAGGUCCCGCCGCCGCCGCCGCCGCCAGCCUGCCGCCGCUGGUGCAGGGCCCGCCGCGCUGCCUGCUGCGCUGCAGCGUGCCCCGCGUGCUGUGGGCGGCCCCGCAGCCGCCCGCCGUGGUGCGGCUGCGCUGGUGGGGGGACAGCGGCGGCGGCACCGAGCUGCAGCCCGCCGCGCCGCCCGCGCAGCCCGCGGGCACCACCUGCGCCCGCUUCGCCGUGCGCUGCGGGCCCCGGCAGCUCAGCGCCUACCUGGCAGAUAUGGGCGUUCUUGUCCUGGAGGUUCUAACCAAACGAGACCACCUGCUCCUCGGCAGGGCACGGGUCACUGAACUGUCCCAGCUCUCCCCCAGCCAUCCCAUCAAAGGGUCUUUUGCUGUGCUGUCACCAACAUCGGAUAAACUCGGGGAGCUGCAGGUGUCACUGGUUCUAGAGCCUCUGCCAGAGCUGUAUGGCACCAGCAGCUGUGUGCCAGCCCUGCAAGGAGGUUCAGAUGCUGCUGCUGCCCAGGCAAGCAGCACGUCCCAGCUUCCUGCUCCAUCCCAGCAGCCCAGGCACCCCCGGGUGGCUGCUGAACAGGAAUCUGUUGACAACAGCAAAGCCACAUCUCCUAGAGGAAAGGACCAAGAGAACUCUGAGAACGUGAAGAACACCUUUCCUGCUCCUCGUGCCCGUGAGGAGCAUGUGGAGAUGAGCCCUGAGAAUCAGCCCCUGUCCUUUCCCAGCAGCGCCGAUCCCACAGCGCUUCCCAGGGGGAGCACACGGCUGCUCUCCAUGCACAGCCCGGCUGCAAGGGACCUGCUGGCAGCUCUCUUGGAUCAAGGCAGUAAACUCCGUGAUGCCAUGGUUGUUUCUGCAAUGAAGUCCAGCCCAGACAUGGAGAUUGAACUGAAUAAAAUGUCUCAUUUCAUAGAGACAGACAAUUUUAAAGCAUCAACAAAGAGCCCAAAAGGCUUGAAGUCCAGUUUUGUGCCCACUCCUGAGGAUCCCCAUCACUUUGGAUCUGAAGUUUCAGGUCAGCAGUUUGACCUAAACUCUGAAGAAAGAGCAAUCCAGUUACUGAUGGGCAGUGCUGAUUUCUCCCCGGGGCACUUCUGGGAUCGGACAGGCUCUCUGUGGGAUUCUCUCUCCCUUGGCAGCGAGGUGUAUGACAGUGAACUCGGCGAUCCCCACUACGACCAGAGUCUGCUGGAGAAGCUGUUUUACACAGCUCCUAAAUCUGAUUCCAGUUUGAGCGAUAUCCUCAGCGAUGAUGAUGUUAAGUCCUCAAAAAAAGCAUCCAAGACAGAAACUCUCAAAAAAGUGGCUCCAGUGAAUCCACAGAAGGAUUUUCAUGCCUUUGAUCAGAAUGUGACAGAAACUAAGCCCAGCUGCUCUCCCACUGCUCCUCCAGAAGACCACAGGGGAAUGUCUCUUCUCACAUCCUUGGGUGUAGACAGGUUGGCAUUGCUGCAGCGAGUACACCUGGCCAGAAUCACCAUAGAAAGCCUGAAAAUCCCUCCUGAGAGCAUCCAGAUCUCCCCCAGGAGGAAAGGUUUGCUGGGGAAGCCUCCACGGCCCAUGUCUGUUCAUAAGUGCACCUUCUUUGUGGAGUACCACUUCCCUGUGAGAGUCUGCAAGGAUGAAAAAGGACAGGUCUCCGUAGCAACAGAAGCAAUUCGAGUAGCCUCCAGUAAAAUCACAGAUGAUGUGGUGAAGUUCCAGCAGCAGUCUGUGUUCCCUGUGUGGUUUGGGGGAAGGAUGAUGGAGCACUGGUGGGGCUCUGACCUGGCUUUUAAAAUCUACAAGAGAAAAAGCACACAGAAAAAGCCUGUGGCCAUUGGCUCAGCAGCAGUGCAGCUCCGCAGGGUGGUUGAGGCUGAGCUGCUCAGUGUCAGCUGGGAUAUACCUGUGGAGAAAGAGGGAGAUCACACACAAGUUGGGCCACUAAAGGUGUCGCUGCAGCUCGUGGCCAGCGCCGCUGCCAGGCCAGCUACAGCCGGGCCCCCAGCCCCAGCUCACGCCGUGAGAGGUGCCCAGCUGGGGCUGCAGGAGCCCAGCAGGACGGGUGGAAGUGCAGAGAGCCCCCUCAGCUCCACAAGGAGCCCCAAGGGCUCCCGGGGGCCAGCAGCAGGCGGCAGGGACGUCGCGCAGCCGCUGCGCCCGGAGCCGGCCCGGGAUGAGGUGACACACAUCACCCCAGCUGAGCAGGAGGGGUUACUGCUGCACGUGCUCCUGAUGGUGCCUGAUGGAAAGGACUUCAUUGCAGAAGGCUCUGGGCUCCCCAGUUCCUGCAAUGUGUAUUUAAACUGCAAACUGCUCAGCACUGAGGAGGCAACGAGAUCUGCUGUCGUCUGGGGCACAAGGCAGCCUGCCUUCAAUUUUUGUCAGGUGAUGCCUUUUUCAUUGACUUCCAAACACUUGGAGCGGCUGAAGAACAAUGUCAUGAUUAUUGAAGCAUGGAACAAGCUGGGAAGCCCUGGCUGUGACAAAUUGCUGGGAUUAGUGAAACUCCCUCUGCAUCAGUUUUACAUCUCAUUCAAGGAUGCCAAGGUUUCCCACCUGCUCCUGCAGGCUCAGUACCCGGUGGUGGCUGUGGACGGCCACGUGCCGGUGGUCGACGUUUUCACGGGCAGCACCCGCGGCAGCCUGAGGGUCACCCUGGCAAUGGGAUCAGCCAGCCAAAUCAUGGCACUGCAGAGGCUCAAAACUGAGGAAGGAAUGGUGCCUCCAGUCACACAGCGUCCUCCCCACUCUCUGGACCAUCCGGCUACAAAACCCACACUGUUGGACCCAAAAGGGGAAGACCUGAUGGAGCAUGUGUUCGAGAUCCACGUGGAGGGUGUGAAGGGACUCACUCCCCUACAGUCCACGGUCUGGGGAGAGGCUGACUGCUACAUCCAGUACUAUUUUCCAGUUCAGGAGGCUGGCUGUGGUGCAAUGCAAGGACCUGGACUGCAUGAGGAUGGCAUCACAUUAAAGCCAUUUAGAACAGCUACCACUUUGUGUGUCCCUGAUCCCAUCUUCAAUGAUGAACAUCAUCAUUCCCUGUUGGUUCCUGCUGAUGUCCCAGUCCAGAGACUCCUGGUCAGUGCAUUUAUGACACCAGGAGCAGCAGGAGGAGGAAUGCAGUUUGAAGUCUGGUGCAGGUAUUAUUACCCAAAUGUCAGAGACCAGUUGGUUGCCAAAGGGGCCUUGCCUUUGUCACGGCUCUGUGCCAUGGUGACUCUGCAGCACCGUGAAGAAAUAGGCAUUCAAACUUUUAAUCUUCCCUUGGUCCCACGGAGUGAUUCCUCUGAGGAAUUUCAUCUGCAGUCUUCAGGUUUGCUUGAUGUGAGUGUGCGGUACCAGCGAUCCAUGAGAACACCAGCUGGAAUGACUGCUCAAGCUGUUUCACUUUCUGUACAAAUACACAGGGCAGCUGGUUUGCAGGCAGCAGCCAGGUAAAGCCUAAUUCAAAAAGGAC